CGACUUGAACCAAACAGCUGUUAGAAAAGCACGUAGAUAGAGAUGGAUCGCUUCGGAGAGCUCGCUAUAGAUGUUCGUUCGCUUCUAGAGUCUGCUGUCAAGGUCUACUCCAUUUCAGAAGAAGAACUCUUCUUCAAAUGGGAAGCAUGGUGCUUCAAGAUGGGCACCAAUCCUGAACUCAACCUCGACAACGCGACGCUCUUCAAGCAGGACAUUCAACAUCAGCUAGAAAACAGCAAUCAGACGCGUCUCAAAGCUUCUGUUGCAGCAACGCCUGCAUCGAACAAAAAGGCCAGCUUGGCGGGCUAUGAAGAUUUCCUUGGUGGAGACGUCACACCACAAUCGAAGCGUGUCAAGCGUGAAUCUUUCAAAAGGGCGAGUCUCACUACACCCGCUCGUCCUACUGGAAGUGCGCUGGCGAGUAGUCCGUUGGCUGCCAACCAAACACCGCACCAACUAGGCACACCGGUUGCCUUUCGCGACCGCGAAGAUGCAGGCGUCAUUAUCACAUCUCUCAAUCCAACAAACAUGGACGCACCCUUGCCGUCUACUUCCACACCAAGUUUGACGGCCAACUUCGAUCCUCGAAAAUACUCAUUCCGUCCGAUGUACCAGAAAUUGUCGGAAGUGUCGGAGAUUCUGGAUGAUCAGAUUGAUUCGUUUGCUGAAUUGGUGCUGGAGAAGCUUGGCUUGGACGAUGAGCAUCUUGGAGACCCUGCACAGCAAAAACAGACCGAUGUGCUCGUUGUCGGUCGGAUUGUGUGUGAUGCCUUGAAUGGAGGUCGGCUCAACGCUGCAUCAGUCAUGCUUGAGACAUCAAGACGGUUGGGCAUCGGUUCACGCACGAAGCUCGAUCUAUCUGCUGUUGAGAGUUAUGCUCUCUUUCCCGGCCAGCUCGUUGCUUGUCGUGGCAUCAACGGCACUGGCACCUUCAAGGUCAGUGAAUGGGUGACACCUGUGGCACUGCCACCUGCCGCAUCAGCGCCUUCAGAAUUUCGCAAAGAGACCAUGAGCAUUGUGAUUGCUUGUGGCCCAUACACGACGCAAGCCAAUUUGGAGUUCGAAGCACUCCAUGCGCUACGCGAGGUGAUUAUGGCUGAUAAGCCAGAUCAAGUCAUCUUGCUUGGCCCAUUCAUUGACCGCCAGCAUCCACUUAUUUCAAGUGGUGACUUCGAUUGUCCCGGUGGUAGCCUUGACGGUCUCUUCAAGGAUCUGAUUGCUCCUGUCAUUCAGGACUUUCCUGGACUAUUGGUUGUACCGCACAUUGCGGAUAUCAACUCGCGCCAUCCAGUCUUUCCGCAAGAAGCACUUCAACGCUCUAUGACAGGCUUGCCAAAAGGUACAAAACUAUUGCCCAAUCCUGCCUUGUUCAGUCUGGACGAAGUCUCUUUUGGCAUUGCAAGCCCGGAUAUCAUUAAACAUAUGACAACCUCGGAAGUAGUCAAGAAUCCCGCAGAGCGAAAUGGUAUAACCCGUCAAGCCGCUCACAUCAUUCAACAACGGCGAUUCUAUCCCUUGUUCCCACCUCAAAUCUCACUGGACGCCGGAUUUCUUGGCCUUGCAGAAUUUGGCAAUCGUGUGCCAGACGUACUCAUCUUGCCGUCUGAACUCUCCAGCUUUGCCAAAGUUGUGGAGAAUGUCAUGGUCAUCAAUCCUGGAACCUUGUCGCGACGUGCUGGCCCAGGCUCAUUUGCAAGGCUAUCGAUUCAGCCAAAGCAAGUCAAAUCAACUCAAGAAACGGAUCUGUACAGUGAUGCUAUGAAGCCUGAGCCGUUGGACGACCUUGUGCAGCAUGAACUGUGGGCUCGCUCACGUGUGGACAUCAUCAAAAUCUGAUGGGAGCCCCUCACUCUGGAGCUGUCAGUUGUGAAGCUGUCUUUCCUGAUCAUGCAUCAAUGCACUUACAACGUGGCGAAACAUACCAUGCGUGGACUGACUGAUUUUGAUCAAUACCAUCUAUGUUGUAUCAUGCGAGAUGUUGAAAGCAUGCAUUGUCACAUUUGCACGAGAUCAAGCGUCCAUCAAGCUAUUGAGGCUCUGAGUCAUUUGCUCCCGAAGG